CUCCCUUUCUCUCUUUUCAGAUUAAGGAAAAUCCAGAUGGGGUGCAGGUGCUGCAAAAUGAUACAAAGCUAUAUCUUUGAUCCAGAAGAAGUACAAUCAUCUGGAUGUAUUCAUGAAGUAAACAGCUAUAAACACAAGGAACAAGGCAGCAAUAAAUCAAAAUUCAGAGAGAACAGUGAAAAUGAAGAGCCCAAAAAUGAACUCCAGCAGGAUGAGAUAAACAAAACAGAAAAUAAAAAUCCAGUGAAUAGUACAACAGAAACUCUCUGGAAUCACAGAGGCAAUGAUUCUCAAGAGGAUGGCCUUGUAAAGUGUGCUGCAAAGCUUGAUGUUGCAGUCAAUGGUGGCAGCUCCUGUGCUCAGCACUCCAUGCUCAACCCCAACACAAGCCCAGUGAAAGAAUCCAGUGAAAAGGGAACCUCCAGCCAGUCAGAGGCUUCUCCAACCAGCAACAGAGACUUUUACACCGAGUCAAAUAGGUCUGGACAAGAGCUUGACCUAGAGACAGGCAGUCAGAGUAAGGCAGCCAGCAACGUGCCUAACAGUAUUCCAGACUCCCAGUCUGCAGGAGACAGCAUCUUUCUCAAAGGAAACUCAAUACUGGAAACAGAAAACAAUACCAUAAGACUGCCAGACAUUGAUUAUCCUCAAAAUGGCAAUCAAACUGGGAACUAUGUUGAAAAAGACAGCUUUUCAGUCAAUUGCACACAUUCAGACCAAAACACUGGUAGUUCAGCAAUACAGGACCAGGACAUUCAUGCAAUCCCACCCUGGGCUGUGAAAGAGAGCAGUAUUGAACCUUUUAAAACUGACUCUGCAAGUUUGAGUGAGAGCCUUACUGGCAGCAUCACUGCAGUGGCUGUUACCAAAGUCCCACAGGCACCCACACACACCAACCACAAAGAUGUCAAUGGAGGAAUUGAGGAGGAAGAUGCAGAAGUUGCAGCAGCUCUGGCUGCACUGGAAGCUGCAACAGCAGGAGAAGACGUGGAAGAUGAUGACGAGUACUAG